AUGCCGGACUCCCCCGCGGUCGCGCCCAAGCCAGGCGGAAAAGUCGCAGGCUUCUUCCGCCGAAUUCAGAGCCGCAAGUCCCUGCGCAAGCUCAAGGACACGAGCGUUGUCGUCGAGGACGACAAGAAGGACGUCCCGCCCCUCCCUUCGACUUUGCCACCGAAACUCGAGCUGCUCGACUUGCCGGUCCUUUCGGGCGACUUCUUCUCAGGCUCGCCAUCGUCGUCGUCGUACUCGGGCAGCACCCCAGCGGAGGAAGGGAAGAUCGGUGGGGAGGGAUUCGGCUCAACCAGCGAGGCAGACGGCGGUCUCGCAUCGCUCCUCCAGUUCACAUCCUUCGCAUCCCGCGCCAACUUCAACGACCGCGACUUGCACAGCAGCACCGAGUCCACCGCAUCGACAGCGCUUGUCUGCAGCCUCGACAGGCAGAGCACGUCGCUGGACGGAGACGAAGCGGCCGACGACGAGUACGGGUCAGCGUCCCCGAUUGGCGAUGAGUCGCUACCGACGUCUCCAAAGACAACGGCAGGCUUGUACCCGUCAUUGAGGACACCCUCGUCAGGUCUUACGGACGUCGAGAAGAGCCGGAUUGCAAUGUGCACGAGGGAAAGGCUUCAGCUCGACACCACGCUUUCUCCGCCGACUCCUUCUCGUCGAGAACCCUCCCUGCGCCAGCAACUCGCCUGGCACUCCAUCUCGCGCCGCCUCGAUCCCUCCUCUCCCAUCAACCGUUCCUUUCUAGUCGCCCACGCCGAACUCGUCUCGCCUACCACGCCUACACUCGCACCACACACCCACUUCCCCCGUCUUCCCGAGUUCUCCGCCCGACCUUCCUUCACCGAACGCUCGCUCGUCACGACAGCGCAUACGAACGGUGCCGCGCGCGAAGACAUUGCCGGGCCGACUCGUCGCGGCCAAGGACUACGGUACAGCGAGCGAGUCCUCAGCUUGUUGACCCUCGUCUCGAACCCGCUCGAAGGGGACGCCUCGACGCUCUCACCGACCAAGCCGGGUGCGCGUCCUUCGAGGGAAGUUCGACCGGGCGCGAAGAACCCGCUUUGUCCGACUCGUCUGCCCACGCUCGCACUCAACGACGAGGAACUCGUCCCGACACCUCGUCCGGCUUCUCCGCAAAGACAGGUCGACCCUCCGACUACGCCUCUCGCCCCGCCCGUCUUUGACUCAAGCAAGCGUCUCUCGCUCACUCCGCCUCGCAAGCCUGUCUUGCCGGGCCCACUCCUGCUCGACGCGGUCGUCAACCAGGCCGCUCGCCCUUCCUCGAAAGUCGCCAAUUCGCCUACGAAGGCACAGGCAAGCUGGGCGCUGAGCGACUCGGACGACGACGAGCCGCUUGCGGUACUCAAAGAGCGCUCCUCGCCGAAGCAGCCGCACCUCAAGCUCUCGCCCUCCGCUUCCGCCUCGUCCAGUCUCUCACCCUCGCCAUCCUCUUCGCCUAUAUCCGUCCGCUCCCGCUCGCUUCCACACUCGCCCUCUCACCACACGCACGAUAUGCAGUCCCAGCUCCUCGAAGCGCAGCAGCGCGCAGCACAGCUCGAAGCGGAGCUGGUGAGGCUUCAGCGGCGCGAUGAGCGUCAUGAGCGCGAGAAGCGGGAGAGGGAGGAGGCGGAGAGGGAGAAGGCGAGGCAGAGGAGGAUCAGGGAACAGAGGAGGAGGAGUGAGGCGAUGAUGAGGGUUGGGACGAGGCCGAAAGGCGAAGACGGCGGGGAGAGGUUUUCGAAGAGAGCGUCGACGUCGCCUCAGACGCCGACAUUCCCGACGCCGCCAAACCUCCUCGGCAUGGCGCCGACCGCGAACACGAUUGUGCCUCCCGCCUUUCCCGCCUCGCCAUCCUACCCGAGCUUCCUCCCUGUCCCUGUCCUCGUGCCCGUCUACACUCCUUCCCUACAGGCGUCCAUCUCCUCGCCCGACCUCCGUCAGAGAACGUCUCAGCAGUUCCUCGCGCCUCCCUCGCCAACGAGCCCGUCCCGCCCUCCGCUCGUCUCCUCGCAUUCCGCUCCUGCGCUCGACAAGCGGUCGUCGCUUCAACCGCCGCCUCCCGCCGUCGCGCACUCGACUGCGCGUUUCGGUGAAACAACUCGUCGUCGCUCGGUCCAGCCGCCCUCUUCCUCGCAUCCUCUCCCUCUCUCUCGAUCUACCCCGAACGUCCUGCAACCUCCCCUCGCUUCCGGCCACCCUCCGCAGCGCCUCCCGCCGCCACGCUCAAGAUCGCAUCCUCACCUCCCUCCAGGUCCCGUCUCGAGGCGAUAG